AUGGCGGACAGAUACUCGUUCUCCCUCACAACAUUCUCGCCUAGCGGCAAGCUGGUCCAGAUCGAAUAUGCCCUCAACGCCGUCAACCAAGGUGUAACAGCGCUAGGCAUCAAGGCCACGAACGGCAUCGUCCUCGCAACAGAAAAGAAAUCGUCCUCCCCGCUCGCCGACCCCUCGUCCCUUUCCAAAAUCAGCCUCGUCACCCCCAACAUCGGCAUGGUGUACUCAGGCAUGGGGCCCGACUACCGCGUGCUCGUAGACCGCGCACGCAAGGUCUCCCACACGGGCUACAAGCGCAUCUACAACGAGUACCCGCCCACCCGCAUCCUGGUGCAGGACGUCGCGCGCGUCAUGCAGGAGGCCACGCAGUCGGGUGGUGUCCGCCCCUACGGCGUGAGCCUGCUGGUGGCUGGCUGGGACGAGGGGAUCUUGCCCGAGGAGGAUAUUGAGCGGGCUGCGCAGGAGCAGGCGGCGGUGGCGAAACAGAGUAGCAGUGGGUUGGAGGAUGAUGGGGAGGAGGGGAAGAAGUUGGGCGGGAAGACGGGCGGGAUUCUUAAGGGUGGGCCGAUGCUGUACCAGGUCGAUCCUAGCGGGAGUUAUUUCCCGUGGAAGGCGACGGCGAUUGGUAAGAGUGCCACGACGGCCAAGACGUUUUUGGAGAAGCGGUACACGGAGGGGCUGGAGUUGGAGGAUGCGGUGCACAUUGCGUUGUUGACGCUCAAGGAGACGAUUGAGGGGGAGAUGAACGGGGAGACGAUUGAGAUUAGCAUUGUUGGCCCCCCGGCAGACCACCUCCUCGGCGUCGAGGGCGUCGAGGGCGCAGUGGGACCGCGCUUCCGGAAGCUUACGCCGCAGGAGAUUGAGGACUACCUGACGAAUCUAUGA